AUGGACGAUCAGAGCAAAGUUCACGACGGGAAAGUGCAAGAGCACGAGCACGAUGUUGAACACCAGCACGCCUGCGGUGAAACGAGUAGCUUGGGUAAAGACGACAUCUUACAACUCACUGAUCCUGUGCUGAAUGCCAAAAUGCAUCUGGUUAACAAUGCGAUCGAUGAGAUCGGUUUCACGACGUAUCAAUGGAAGCUCUUUGUCCUGAAUGGUUUUGGCUACGCCGUUGACUCCCUCAUCCUACUCAUUCAGUCCGUCAUCGCCGCGCAAGCCGCCCUUGAGUUCAAGCCUUCCUACCGAAACGGCCUGACCAUCGCUGCUUACGUCGGAAUGCUCACGGGAGCCUUAUUCUGGGGCUUAUCAGCCGAUAUCAUCGGCCGAAAGACAGCGUUUAACGUUAGUUUGCUGAUUUGCUCGAUCUUUGCAAUUGUGGCUGGAGCAAGCCCAAAUUGGGAAGUCUUGGGCUUGUUCGUAUGUUUGAGUGCUUUUGGCGCCGGAGGAAAUUUGGUGUUGGAUACGGCAGUGUUCUUGGAGUAUCUGCCUAGCUAUAGGCAGUGGAUGCUUACGCUCAUGGCAGCUUGGUGGGGCAUUGGUCAGCUCGUAGCUGGCUUUUUUGCCUGGGCCUUCCUUCCAAAUUUUAGCUGCGCAGACCCAUCCCUCGAUCCCACGGCAGGCCCCUGUACAAAGUCUAACAACCAAGGUUGGCGCUACGUAUGGUACGCUUCUGGAUCCUUGGUUUUUGUAAUGUCUAUUCUCCGCAUCACCAUCAUCCGUCUCAAGGAGACUCCCAAAUUCCUCGUCAGCGAAGGUAAAGACGCCGAGUGCGUCGAAACCCUCCACUUCAUUGCCACCAAAUACAAUCGACCUUGUAGUCUCACCGUCACCCAGAUGCAAGACUGUGGCACCGUAGAUCGUAUCGCUGCACGUGGAAAUCAGAGUAAAUGGGGCUUGGGAGAGAUCAAUAUGCACCUCCGCGGCCUGUAUUCCACGAAGCGAAUAGGUAUUAGCACAUCGUUGAUCUGGCUCUCGUGGACAUUGAUAGGCCUCGCCUACCCCCUCUACAAUGUCUUCCUCCCCGCCUACCUCUCCUCUCGCGGCGCCGCCUUCGGUGAACCAUCACCCUACAUCACUUGGCGCAACUACACCCUCGUGAACUUUAGCGGGAUUUGGGGACCUGUGCUAGCGGGCUACAUGUGUCAUACGCGCCUUGGUCGUAAGUAUACCAUGGUUAUUGGAGCAUUGGUCACCAUGGCUUUCUUCUUCGCGUACACGCAGGUCAGGACUGCUGUUCAGAAUGUGGCGUUCACAUGCAUCAUCAACUUCUGUUUAAAUAUCUACUAUGGCACGCUGUACGCUUAUACGCCGGAGGUGCUGCCUAGUGCGCACAGAGGUACCGGCAACGGGAUCGCGAUUGCCUGGAACAGGGUUAUGGGAAUCUUGAGUGCCGUUAUUGCGACGGUCGCUGAUACGGGAACCGCUGUCCCGAUAUAUAUUUGCGCCGCGUUGUACAUCCUCAUGGCAGGCAUUGCGGCGAUUUUUCCAUUUGAGCCCUAUGGCCGGAGAAGUUCAUGA